AUGGUGGCAAACAGCAGGAAGCGAAAUCAUUUAGACAAGCGGCCAUUGUUAGAACUGGCGCUACGUAUACGAUCUCUCUCGUGCGUUGGUGUGCACAACAACAACAACAGCAGCAACAGCAGCAGCAACGGUCUGUCGAUGCUGAUGGUACGGCGAGGUAGUGAGCCAGCCCUCAACAACAUUCCUAACAACAUCGGUGCAAGCUCCAACGCAGACGACUACAAGCGCUGGUCGACUGCUGUAGGUCAUCUGGAGGACACAGAAGAGAAGGAUGCGCCGACCAAUGACGACGCGAUGCCCGCGCGCACGGAGACCGCCGGCAGUGAUCGGCGCCCCCUACCUGCCACCGAGAAGAACAACAACGUCGACACGGAUGGUUUCGUGAAACCCUUUUCCUGGAGCAAGGAGAACGAGUUCUCGAUCGCACAUGGAGGAGGAGGAGGAGGAGGAGGAGGAGGAGGCGGAGGCGGGGACGACGGGGGAGGAGUGGGGUGGAGCGAGUUCUCGCGUUUUGGACGUGAGGGGUCGGCACGGCAAUCUGUCCUCGGCAACCACCCGGGGAUGGACGCCUGGGCAGACGCAGCUCACAGACAGGAGCAGCGUGUGCACGGCUCACAGCACACGGAUAGGAAGGAACCCGUGGGAGGAAGCCACAGUGACCCGGAGGACCAUCGGAUGGAUGCUGAGAGGGAGGCGCGCAAGAACCAGCACAACACUGAAGCUAACAAGGCGAAUCAGACGUAA